CAAUGGUUUUACUUCCCUGUCUAUAUUUUAUAGGUAGAAUUACAACCGGAUUGUUUAUUUGUGUAUCUUUCAAAUAUGUGUAGAUAAUGAAACCAGAUCCCAAUAAUGGAUAGUGUGGACAAUGUGGAAGAAAAUUAUGACCAAGCCACUCGGAAAGGUUCUAAAUCUGAUGCCUUAGAAGAUAUUCAUGACUUAAAAGAGAAAUUGGAAAAGAACAAUCAUUUCGUUACUGAAGUCAGUAACAAAAAUGAAAUUCUUCGCAACGAGAAUAAGAAGUUAAAGGAGGAAAGGGCUGUUUUAGUAAAGGAAAAAGAUGAGGCUUUAUCAAGACUAAGUAAAUUGGCAGGUCAAAAGCUGACGGAAGGGAAUCCAGCCAUCACUGAUCUUGGUAAUCCUAACAGGCCUGCUAAAAUUGGAGAACGUUGGGCUUCGUUGUAUUCAGAUGAAUGGACAGAUGUCUUUGAAGAAAUCAUUCAAAAGAACGAAAAAAUGGAAAACAAAGAUGAAACACCAGAGAAACAACUAUUAAAUAUUGUAGAUUGGUGUUAUAAGCAAUGUACUGAAAUAUUCAAUUCACAGACCACGACAGUGCAUGAAAAAGUAUGGGAACUAGCAAGCAUACUUCAUCUUCCUAGAGUAAAAGAAAUAACAUUCAAAAAGAAUCAACGAAUCAAUGCAUAUGACCAGAAAGGGAAAGAAAAUGCAGUUUUGAUAGAAUCAAUUGAGUCAUUUCUUCAGAAUGCAAAAGAACAACGGCAAUGUAGUUCUACAUUGGUCGAUUCAGUUAAGAAGAUAUGUUGUGAUGACUAUGGCUCAUCAAACCAAACAACAUCGGGGAGGGAAAAAGAGUUCGUACGAAAAUGUUCAGAACUGUGCUGGUACAUGAUUUCUGCAGAUCCACCGAUGGUAAUUGAGUACGAAAACUUUGAAAAUAUGUUAAUGGAUUCCAAUAAAUUCAACAAAUACAAUAGAACCGGAACAAGUGUUGAGUAUGUCGUCUGGCCUGUUCUUCUCUUACACAAAGAUGGCCCAGUUUUAGCUAAGGGAUCGGUUCAGACGAAUUUCGGACCCAAAAAUGAUAGAAUAGCUGCUAGAAAGAAGUCUAUUGAAAAUCUCCUUGCACCACCAUUAGCAUGCAGAUCAAUUUUCAGCGAUGACCAUGUAACAAUUCCAAACCAAAUUAACAACAACAAUUAUACAAAAGGUGAAAGUAUUCAUGUUCAAUUGAAAACUGAAAAGACUUGCCCUGACCAGUCAGACCGAACCGUUUAUGUAAUUGACUCAAAAGUUAGUUCACAAAAGGACCAAUCCAUUUUACAAAAUAAAGGAAAACCAGAUGAUGACUCUGAUAUUAGUGGUUCUGGAACAUUAAAACAGUCAAACAGUACAUACGAUAUCCGGGUAGUCACUGGGGCUUUUGCAGAGAACGUUUCAAACAUUGAAUUAACCGAGGACAAGGUAACAAAACAGCGCAUGACAGGUUCUGAAGUUGUUGAUGGAGGAGUUUCUAAAUCCGCGAAGUUAGAUCACAGUCGUUCUAGAGAUUUCAAUGAUGCUCAGUACAAAUCUCGCGUAGAUCAAAGAACAAAUGUUUCGUCAGUCUCAUUAAGGAAUGAGAAUACCAGUGCAUCGGGAGAAGAAUUAUCAACAGACAAUUCGAAAUCUGAUUUUGGAGAAAAACCCAUUUCGAAAUGUGUAGAGUUCAUGAAAUCAGAAGAGAAUGUGGUUCAAUCGAUUGACGGUGAUAAAUACAAUGCAAAUUUCUUACUUCACAACAAACGGAGACAAUUGCAGAAAUCACAAAGCAUGACUGAAGAGCUUGAUAAAGAAACUAAACAAAGAUAUGCACCAAAUUGUGACAAUAAAACAAACACAUUUAAUGGUAUAAACCGUACGGUGUCGACAUCGUUUAUUGGGCAUCCAGUCUUGAAUGCAAACAUGUUGAACACAAAAUACUACGGCAAACCUGAGAAUCUAGUAGAUGGGAUUCCAAUCCAUACAGACACGCUUAAAAGAACAUUUGAUAAAGUGGCCAAACGAAGCAAAAUUCCACAACAAUUUACUGCGGGAAAAGAGCAAACAAAAACGUAAAAUGUAAUGUUUGAUGCAUUUUUGCUACCAAUAAGAUGUUGCAUAUUAUUUGUCAUGAACAACAAUUUUCAAAAUUAUGUACUUGUUCAUUAGUAGAUAUGUUGCUAUCCUAAAAUACAAUGUAGACACAACGAUGUGAUUUGUUUUUCUAGCAAAUGCAAAUGUUGAUGCAAUAUUCAUGAUAUUGAUCUUUUAUUAAAUUGUUUAGAUAUGCAGUGCAAAACUACUCUAAUAAAGAGUCUUUCUACCAAG